AUGUUUUCCCGUGCAGUGAGACCUACCGUCAGCCUCGCUCGGAGCCUGUCCACCUCAACGCAGAACAACGCCAAGGUGGCGGUGCUAGGAGCGUCUGGCGGAAUAGGCCAGCCGCUCUCUCUGCUCCUGAAGAAUAGCCCCCUGGUGAGUCACCUCUCCCUCUAUGAUAUCGCCCACACCCCCGGAGUGGCUGCUGACCUGAGCCACAUCGAGACCAGAGCCCAGGUUACCGGCCACAUGGGGCCAGACCAACUGGGUGCUGCUCUGACGGGCUGCGAGGUCGUGGUCAUCCCCGCAGGUGUGCCAAGAAAACCCGGCAUGACCCGCGAUGACCUCUUCAACACCAACGCCACCAUUGUAGCCACCUUGGCCGAUGCCUGCGCCCGCCACUGCCCAGAGGCUAUGAUCUGCAUCAUUGCUAACCCCGUCAACUCCACCAUCCCUAUUACAUCAGAGGUCAUGAAGAAACAUGGAGUGUACAACCCCAACAAAGUGUUUGGUGUCACAACCCUGGACAUUGUCAGAGCAAACACCUUUGUGGCAGAGCUUAAGGGUCUUGACCCAGCUCGUGUCAAUGUUCCAGUCAUUGGAGGUCAUGCUGGGAAAACCAUCAUCCCCCUCAUCUCCCAGUGCACACCAAAGGUAGAGUUCCCUGCUGACCAGCUUAGUGCUCUGACCGGCAGGAUCCAGGAGGCUGGCACUGAGGUAGUGAAGGCCAAGGCUGGUGCUGGAUCUGCUACCUUGUCAAUGGCUUAUGCUGGUGCCCGCUUCACCUUCUCAGUCCUCGACGCCAUGAAUGGCAAGGAGGGCGUGGUGGAGUGCGCCUUUGUCAGGUCUGAGGAGACAGAGUGCAAGUACUUCUCUACACCACUGCUUCUGGGCAAGAGCGGCAUUGAGAAGAACCUUGGGCUGGGAAAGCUGUCCGCCUUUGAGGAGAAGCUGGUGGCUGAAGCCAUGGAUGAGCUGAAGGGCUCCAUCAAGAAGGGCGAGGAUUUUGUGGCUAAAAUGAAGUGA